CUCUUUACGAUUUUCAAAAGAUUUUUAUAAUCCUCCCCAAAUCUUUAACUUUUUUUUUUACUCCCUUGCCCUUUUAGUCUCAAUCCGAUAAUCGUAAACGUAGAAGAGAUAGUUUCAGCAACCGUCCUAGCGAUCUGGGCGCGGAUUCACCCAUGCCAAUGACCGAUUUGGCUCAGUCAGAAAUCCCACCUUCAUCGCCACAACCUUUUUUCUCUGAAGUGGACGUGCGUCAAGACGAAAUUGAGGAUGACGACCAAGACAUUGUCAGACACAAUGAUUCUGACGACGACGACGGUGAAGAUUUGUUUGGUCAAAACAUGGAACAGGAUUAUGUACGAAACCCUGAACUGGAUCGCUAUGAAAAUCGCGGCAUUGAUGACGAAGAAUACGACCCUGUUGACUUGGCCACGCGUAAUCGCGUCGAUGCUCAACUUGGACGACGUGAUGCUGAGAUUCGACGCCGUGAGGGUCGCAUUGCUGGUGCUUUUCUGGACGGUUUGGACGACGAAGAGGGUGAUCAGCCCUUGUUGACAGCUAGACCUCGUAGACGACACAACUAUGAUAUGGACGAUAUGAAUGAUUUGGAUGAUUCUGUGCCUGAAAUGUCAAUGGAGGAUCUUCGUAACGUGAAGAAUGCCACAAUUGGUGAAUGGGUCAGUUUGGAAGCACCUCGACGCGCUGCAAAGAGAGAGUUCAAGAACUUUUUGCAAACGUACGUCGAUGAAAACGGUACUUCUGUGUACGGUGAACGUAUCCGAGAUAUGGGUGAACGUAACCGUGAAUCAUUCGAGGUGAACUAUGAACAACUCACUCAAAGCAAGCCUGUCUUGGCCUACUUUUUGGCCAACUCACCUAUUGCCAUGUUGAAAAUCUUUGAUGAAGUUGCAUUGGAAGUCACGUUGCUGCAGUUCCCUGAAUACGAGCGCAUUCAUCGUGAAAUCCAUAUCCGUAUCACAGACUUGCCCACCAUCAACACGCUUCGUGAGCUGCGUCAGAGUCAGUUGAAUUGUCUUGUCCGUGUCUCUGGUGUCGUCACCCGUCGAACGGGCGUCUUCCCUCAACUAAAGUGGGUCAAGUACAACUGCGGUAAAUGUAACGAGCUCUUGGGUCCUUUCUAUCAAGAUAUCCACAAUGAAAUCAAGAUCCGUACUUGUCCCAGCUGUCAGAGCAAGGGUCCUUUCAUUGUCAACAUGGAACAGACGGUGUACAGAAACUAUCAAAAAUUGACUAUUCAAGAAAGUCCCGGCACUGUUCCUCCUGGUCGUCUUCCUCGUCACAGAGAGGUCAUUUGCUUGUGGGAUUUGAUUGAUCAAGCUAAACCGGGUGAAGAAAUUGAAGUGAUUGGUGUCUAUCGCAACAACUUUGAUGCUUCGCUGAGCACCAAGAACGGUUUCCCCGUCUUUGCAACCAUCAUUGAAGCCAACUAUAUCAACAAGAAGGAGGAUAUGUUUGCUGCAUACAGACUUACGGAUGAUGACAAAAAGAUUAUUCACGAGAUGGGCAAGGACAAGCGUAUUGGUCGCAAGAUCAUGAAGAGCAUUGCUCCUUCCAUCUACGGUCACGAGGAUAUCAAGCGUGCCAUUGCGCUGGCUCUCUUUGGUGGUGUGCCCAAGAACAUCCAAGGCAAGCAUCAGAUCCGUGGUGAUGCUAAUAUCUUGAUGCUGGGUGAUCCUGGUACGGCCAAGUCGCAGUUCCUGAAAUAUGUCGAAAAGACUGCGCAUCGAGCUGUGUUCACAACGGGUCAGGGUGCCAGUGCCGUUGGUUUGACUGCAUCCGUGCAUAAGGAUCCCAUCACGCGCGAAUGGACCCUUGAAGGUGGUGCUCUUGUCUUGGCUGACCGUGGUGUUUGUCUGAUUGAUGAGUUUGACAAAAUGAAUGAUUCCGACAGAACUUCCAUUCACGAAGCCAUGGAACAACAAUCGAUUUCCAUAUCCAAAGCUGGUAUUGUCACCACACUACAGGCACGAUGCUCAGUGAUUGCCGCCGCCAAUCCUAUCCGCGGCCGUUACAAUGCCUCGAUUCCAUUCUCACAAAACGUUGAAUUGACCGAACCCAUCCUGUCACGUUUCGACGUGCUGUGCGUUGUCAAGGACAGUGUCGAACCUGAACAGGAUCACCUUUUGGCAACCAAUGUGAUCAGCAGCCACAUCCGCUCGCAUCCCAAAUUCGACGGUCAACUCGACGUGGCAAAGCCGACGGACGAAGAUCCAGAAAUCAUCCCCCAAGACAUUUUACGCAAAUACAUCAUGUAUGCACGUGAUCAGAUACAGCCUAAACUUCAUCAGGUCGAUGAGGCCAAGCUUGCACAGCUCUAUUCAGAACUUCGCCGAGAGUCGUUGGCAAGCGGCAGUAUCCCGAUUACCGUACGUCAUUUGGAGUCCAUGGUGCGAUUAGCCGAGGCACAUGCAAAGAUGCAUUUGCGUGAAUACGUGCGUUCGGAUGAUGUGGAUAUGGCAAUCAAGGUGACGCUUGACAGUUUCAUCAGUGCUCAAAAGUUCAGCAUGAUGACAGCACUGAGAAAGAGAUUCCGACGAUACACCACAAACACACAAGAUCGCGAGGAGUUGUUACUUGCCACGCUGAACUCGAUUUGCCGAGAAAAACGUCGUUUGUACCAGCUGCGACGUCAGCAACUGCCUGAAGAAGCCAAGGUGGAUGUCGAAGAUCUUGAAAGCAGGGUAAGUCAUCGUGGGUUGUUGUGUAUCCAUGUCAUAUGGUGUAAUGUGGGUCUUCAUUGACGUGUGUUUCUUCUACUACUAGGCACGUGGAAUGCAAAUCUACGACAUCCAGCCCUUCCUCAACUCAUCCCUCUUCCAACGCCAGCACUAUACAUACG